GGGGAGGGGGCAGGGCUCGAGGUAUCAUGGAGGAUCAGUUCAUGGAGGAUCAGUAGGCGAACUGUGGCCAUCAGAGGAGAGCAGCGACCGCUCUGAUCUCUGGGAGGUUUAUCAACUGUUUCUCUCUAACCGUCGCGCACGAGACAAACAUGGACAUGAAGAAGAGGAUCACUCUGGAGCUCAGGAACCGGAGCCCGGCGGAGAUUGUAGAGCUGGUGGUUGAUAACAGUCGCUCUGCAGACGGAGAGGUUGAAGGUCUGACGGACGCCCUCACGGAGCUCGAGUUCCUCAGUAUGGUCAACGUGGGUCUGAGCUCGCUGGCUAAGCUGCCCUCACUGCCCAAACUACACAAGUUGGAGCUCAGUGACAACAACCUGUCUGGUUCUCUGGAGAUGCUCUCAGAGAAAUGUCCCAACCUGACGUACCUCAACCUGAGCGGGAACAAGAUCAAAGAGCUGAGCAACGUGGAGGCUCUGGUACAGCACAUACUUACACACAUAUGUGUGUGUGUGUAUGUAUACAUGUGUGUGUGUGUAUAUGUGUGUGUGUAUAUAUAUAUGUAUAUUCACAUCGGGCUGAUCUGGGGUCAGGAGUCAGAGGUCAGGUGA